UACCCGUCCAUUCAAAAUGCGUUAAUGAUCGCAACCAGUCGUAUCUACACAUUAACUAAUCAAUAAUCAUGAGGAAGGGUUUUAAGUUCCUGGGUCGGAAGAGCCACUCUCUUUUCGACAGCAAUCUCAAAAUCAAUGACAUGGACAACGUGGAGCUGGUGCUGGAGUCAUCAGCGAUCCCCCAGUCAGGAACUGCCAGUGUGCGGGCCAGACCUACCGUCAACCAUCAUACUUCUUCGACUGACAGUUUUCAAGGGUUUGCCGUCCCGACACCCAAAGUCCCCCUCCUUCCCCUCGUUAACGGUCCAAAGACCAACGGUUCAAUCAGUGGAGAUCACUUCUCCAAUGGAUCGGUCAUAUCUGUGCCUGACCUUGUGGAGGGGGAAAUAUUUGUUCCUCCACCUCCCUCUAUGGCACCUCCACCCCCUCCAGGGACUUUUGUCCCGCCUCCACUAGACUUCAUGGGUGACCUGAACAGUCUAAAUUUGCCAAACCUUCAGUCUCCUUCCAUGCCUGUUUCAAAUCCGUCCUCACUGGCACCCUUCAUGGAGAGGGAAGACUCAACCUUCAUAAAACGGCCACCAAUGACUCCGCCAAAGCCUCCAUCUACUAGCUCUAGUGGCUCUGUAUACUCUGUACCCAUUUCUAGUUUACCGCCAGCCAAAGUUCCUGAGCAGCCAGCCUUUGCCCCACCACAGCCUCCUUCUGAAGGGCAACACAAGACUCAAAAGAAGCCACCUCCAAAACCCAUUAGACUGUCCUCUAUACCCAACUUUGACUCCCCACCAAAUACUCCUGCCCCACCUCCCCCCUUGCAGACAGCCGCACUGUCCACUUUCAAUCCCCAAAACACAGCAAAGCUUUACAAUGUUCCUCAGCCCUCAAUUCUCCGUGGGUAUGAGGAACAGGACACAAGACCCAAACAGGUGUUACUCCUGGAAGAUUCUACGCCUGUUAACUCUGCCCAAGUGCUUGCCACGGUCGAUGGGAAAUCCCCUAAAGUGGCUACACGGUCUAAACCAGUACCCACACUGUCUAAACCAGUACCCAAAGAUGUACAGGAGCUGAAGGAGUACUUACAAAUGACCCAACCCUCUCAAUCACCCCUGCCUGAGCCGAAGAAGGAGGCUCCAACACCGAUAGUUUCAGCACAGCCAGAAAUAGACAAAUCUCUCCAGCCUCCACAUCAGACAUCACCACAGCUUCAGAAACUGAAUGAUACUCGGGUGAAUUCAGAGACCAUCAAGGAUAGAUUUGAAGGAUCUCCAAGUCUUCGCAAAUUCAGUCCGAUAAUUGAUCGUAAACUACGCAUCCUGAAGAGUAGUGAAACCAACGGAGCACGAAAUGGACCAGCUUCCCCACUGGCUCUUUUAAAGGCAGCUAAAGACAGAGAAAAACAUAGAUCGAGUCACCCUCCGUCACGGGAAAACAGCAGCAAGGCGCAUGAGCAGCCAAGUGCAAGCAUUCACCCGAGUGACUCGAGUCCCAAUUCCUUUAUCGUCACCCCAAGGUCCAGCUCAUCCUCUUCUCCAUCAUCUCUAGAAAGAAUGCAGGAGAGUCUAAAGUUUGUCAGUCCUGCAGUACAUACGCAAACAAUUCAGACUCCAGAAAAAUCCAGCAGCCCUGCUGUGGUCAAGGAUCAGAUACCAUCCGCCAGUUCAGCUCUCAGUAGGAUGGCUGCAUCCCUAAGUAAGACCAACCUGGUUGAGCAGAAACAAAAUUCUGUGCAAAGCCCCUCAAAGUCUGAAUCCACAACGCCUGAGGAGUUAAGUAUGCCAUUAAUUCCUCCGCCGCCAGAGUUUGAUGAUUUUGACAAGUUUAUGGAGCCCCCUCCUUCCAUCCCUCCGCCUGACCCUCCCAUGAAAAAGGCACCAACACCACAUAUGAUCCCUCUCCCUCCAUCUCAAGUUCCACCCCCUCCUCCAAAGCCCAAACCCCCAGCAGCUCCAAAACUCCCACCUCCUGACAUCGUCAAACCAAAGCUGCAACCCCAGACAAAACCCAAGGCAGCCCCUUCUCAGCUACCAUCCACUCUUUCCCCCAGCCAGGCCACACUCCUGAGCAUCUUACAAAAGAAGAUGUUAGAAAUGGACCACAAAAUGGACCCAGUGAAGGAUGCAGAGUCCAGUUCUGAUGACUGGGGCACCCACUUACCCGAGGAAGAAAAUAAGGUCCCCGUUGUCCCCAGAGCCACACCGCAGAGUAGGAAUUACUCUGUGGUCAACAAAGCAGCAACCCUGAACAUGCAGGAGCUGGAGGGUAAAUUGGUCAGAAAAUAUCAGGAGUCCUCUUCAGUGAAAGUUCCCAACAGCAACGGAACGCAGUCAAAACAUCACACUGGUAUGACCUUUACAGUUCGACCUGGAACCAAACAGCCCAUUACUCUCGUCAGUAAUGGGGAUCCUUAAUGAGACACGUUAAUGAGAGAGGGGUUCUUCUGUUUAGCACACAUUGCAUGAGAUCGGAUAAUGUGAUCUUGCAUCAGAAGGAAUAUGUACAAUGGGGAGAAAAAAGCACUUUGAACAAAUGUGGUUAGCAAAAAUGUUUUUAUAACAAUGGUCUGCUCAGUUCUGAAUGUACUCUGAAUGCAUUUCUCAAUCUUUGGAGAGCACACCAUCACGUUUUCUUUUGUAUUUUCUUUUUUAAGUAUUUUUAAACGUUUUGUUUAGCUGCUGCUGUUUAUUCAGGGUAGAGGUAUAUAUUGCAUAUGUUGCCUUUGUAACAAAAGCUUUUAAAGUCAAAAUGCCACAUGGGUAAAAUUCAUAAGAAAAUAGUCAUUACACUAUAAAUUCCUGAAUAAAAUCUGACAUUUAUUUGUAACCUUGAUUGUAAAACACAAUAAUAAUGUACACUAUAAUUAUUGUGGUUCAUGCUGUCCCAUAACAGAAAUGUUCUUUCACUGUUACAUGUACAUUAUGUAGGUUCACUGGAACAAUAAUUCAUCAUUCAGACAAGUGCGUUUCAGUAGCUUUGUUUCUCAUAUUUAUUGAUCUACGAAAUGUUUGCCAUCUGUAUAAUAGUUACUUUUCUGCAGUAAAAUGUGUUUCAAUGCAUCUAUACUAAUGCUGUAUAUAAGAUUAUAACAGAACUUAAUAUUGUAAGAUGUUUUAUGUACAUGUAAGGUUGUAUAAUCAAAAUAUUUAAAAAACAGAGGUUAUAAAGUCUUUAAGCAGAGAUGUUCAU